AGUAUUUUCAAUUUCAUUGUCAAGAAGAAAAAGGGUUUAGAUUCAGAAGAAAAAAUUAUUAAGAAUUGAUUCAUUUUAAAAUGUCCGAAGUGAGGCAACGUAGACAAUUUCAGAAAAAAGAACACUCCACAGAAGAUGAACUUGAGUGUGAAGAUACUAUGACUAAACCUCAUGCUGUACCUAUAGUUGUAGCAAAUGAUGAUCAUUCAUUCAGGUUAGAUGAAGAAGCCAUCACAAAAGUGCUUAUGCGUGAUGAGCUCAAAGAUAGAUAUGUUGUGGUUGUGUCAGUUGCUGGAGCAUUUCGCCAUGGAAAAUCAUUUUUACUUGACUUUUUUUUAAGAUAUAUGAAUGCAAAGUAUGUCUUGAAACAAAAUACAUCAGAUUGGGUUGGAUCAGAAGAUGCCCCUCUUGAAGGAUUUUCCUGGAAGGGAGGAUCAGAAAGAGAUACCACUGGAAUUCUCAUGUGGUCACAAGUAUUUACAACUGAACUUGUCUCUGGAGAAAAGGUUGCUGUACUAUUGUUUGAUACACAAGGAACAUGGGAUAGCAAAAGUACUGUAAAAGAGUGUGCAACAAUUUUUGCUUUAAGUACAAUGUUGAGUUCAGUACAAAUCUACAAUUUAUCAAGUAAUAUACAAGAAGAUGAUCUACAGCAUUUGCAGCUGUUCACCGAAUACGGCCGCCUAGCCCUGGCCGACUCUGGCACAACGCCCUUCCAGCGGCUGCAGUUCCUCGUUAGGGACUGGCGCUUCCCCUACGAGGCCCCCUACGGCGCCGUCGGCGGGCAGCAGAUCCUGCAGAAGCGCCUGGAGGUCGACGAGCACCAGCACUCAGAGCUCCAAUCGCUCCGACGGCACAUUUCUUCGUGCUUCACGGAGAUCGCGUGCUUCCUGAUGCCGCAUCCGGGGAUCAAGGUGGCGACGAGUCCGACCUUCGACGGCCGGCUGGCAGAAAUUGAUCCGGAAUUUAGGGAUAAUCUGAAGAUACUAGUUCCCAUGCUUUUGGGACCAGAGAACCUAGUCCUGAAAAAAAUCAACGGUGACAAGGUGAAAGUGAGAGAUUUCGUACAAUAUUGCAGAUCGUACAUGCAAAUAUACGAAGGCAAUGAGCUUCCAGAACCAAAAUCAAUGCUUGUGGCGACAGCCGAAGCAAACAACUUGGCGGCUGUCGCGGACGCCAAAGAAGUGUACGUUUCCAUGAUGGAGGAGGUGUGUGGCGGAGCGAAGCCCUAUCUGAACACGGAAACCAUCGAAACCGAACAUCGCAGAGUGAGAGACAAGGCCAUCCAGCAGUUCAGCAGCAAAAAGAAAAUGGGCGGAGACGAGUUCAGCCAGACGUACAAAGAACAAUUGGAAAAGGAUAUUGAAGAAACGUUUGUACAAUUCAAAGCACACAACGAAGGCAAGAACAUCUUCAAAUCCGCCAGGACUCCUGCAGUAUUUUUCGCCUUGGCGGUUUUAUUUUACAUCACAUCUGGAAUUUUCGGAUUCAUUGGCAUUUACACAUUGGCCAACAUAUGCAAUUUGGGAAUGGCUGUUGCUUUCCUGACACUUGGUACAUGGGCAUACGUCAGGUAUAGUGGAGAAAUGAGAGAAGUAGGUUCAUACAUUGAUGAAACUGCCAACUUCAUAUGGGAAAAUUUCAUGAAGACACUUCUACAAGGCUACGUCGAAAACGGUAUGCAGCAAAUGGCUGUCGGAGCAGCUGAACGGACAUUGAGGAAUGCGACACAACUGGCGGUAAAUGGUAAAAAAGACGCGUGAUUAACACUGGUCUGCUCCUUAAGAUGAUACACAUAAUUAGAAAUAACAAAUUCUCAAUGCUAAUGCUGUUACAUAUAUCGCCAAAUAUAGAAGUCUCUGUGUAUACUGUAUAAAUUGGAUUGUUAACACUUGCCAUCUCUAGUUUUCAGUGUUGUGUACAGGUAGAUGUGUGUAUAUAUGUAACGAUUUUUUUUAAAUAUUAUUGUGAUAUCUUGGCAAUGUUGGUAUUAUAGUGGUGCAGUUUUUUUUAUUUAUUAUUAUUAUUUUAUAUAACAAAAUAAAUUUUAUUUCUAGCAGUUAUUGUUGCUACACAUGACAUAAAAUAUUUUCAAUUUAGGGUGCAUUUGAGUUUGGAUAAAAAUACACUAAAUCAAAUUCUACAGGGUGUUUCAGAUUUAAAUGUACAUACGAUACCUGUAGAUAGGGGACACUGUGAUGGUUCCAAAUUACCCCCCUUUGAUGUGUCUACCGUUUUUUAUAACUGAGAUACAGGAUGAUAUCUUGAUUUUUGGCAAAAUCAUCAUCUGGUCAUAGCUUUUGAACAACUUUGUAUAAUCUAUCUAUACUUGGUAGAAAUAUUUCACUUAUAUUACCCACCAAAACUAAAUGAAAAUCGGGAUCAGAAUCCAGGUCCGUCUUGAGGCAAAUAACAGAAAACUUCUUUUAUAUCAAAAACAACACUCUGUAUGGCAAAUUUUUUUAGAUCUGUUUCAAUAUUUCAAAAGAGCAGGGAAAAACGAAUGAAGUGACCUACUUUUUACGACCGCGCAUCCGAUUCAACAGAUGUUUUAUUAUUAUUUAUUUUGAGUCAUUUUUAUUGAACUCAUAAUUCAAAAUCCAAUUAUUUCACAAAAUAAUAACGUCCUUCGAAGUUCAACAUCAUUGGGGUGAAAUAGAUAAAUCUGUUCAUUCGACAGAAUGUCUGUGAUUUUGGAAAUUUUUGAGGGCUUGUUUUAUUCUUCACUAUUGAUUCAUGAGCUGCGGUAAAUCUAUCAAUAGUUCACCCAAUUUGUUUUUAAUGACGAUCAACUUUGAAGACAAUUAUUUUUUUGUAUCAAAAUUGGAUUUUGAAAAACAGUUCAAUAAAAUUUCCUCGAAAUGGGGUGAAUAUUUCUAUAUUAUAUCUGUCUAAUUGGAUGUGCCCUUGUUAUAAGUAGGUCACUACAUUAAUUUUUUCCUGCUCUUUCCAGAUAUCAAAACAGAUCCACAAAAUUUUGCCAUACAGAGUGUUGUUUUUGAAAUAAACAAGUUUUCUGUUUUUCCUUAAGAUGGACCUGGAUUCUGAUCUCAAUUUUUAUUUAGUUUUGAUGUGUAACAUAAGUGAAAUAUUUCUACCAAGUAUGAAUAGAUUAUACAACGUGGUUCAAAAAUUAUGACCAGAUGAAGAUUUUGACAAAAUCAAGAUAACGUCCUGUAUCUCUGUUAUAAAAGAGGAUAAACAUAUCAAUGGGGGUGAUUUGAAACCAUCAAAGUGUCCUCUAUCUGCCAGUAUCGUAUGUACAUUUAAGUCUGAAACACCCUGUAUAUUAGAGAAAAUGAACAAUUCCCAACCUUCCAGGAAUAUAUCUUUAAUUGACUGAUAUUACAGUAUCAUCUGGAAGUUUGAAUGCUUCUUUCAUCAUUAAUCAUGUUUUGGAUGCAUUUUAUUUGCCCCACUCUUGAAGAACUAGUGAAAUAGUUUUUCAAGGAUGCUUUCAUUCCAAUGAGAAGUAGAAAUAUUUUUCUGGAAACAUACCCAAUAAAAUACAAUUUUAUUGUGUCAGAAUUGAAUAUAAUAGAAUGCAUCUUUUAUGUAUUUCACUGUUGAUCAUUUUGCACAUAUCUCCAUUAAAGGAGCACUCAUUAUAAUACAAUUUAUUCAGGUUGUAGUAUUUUUCAAGUUAUUCAUAUCUUUGAAAAAAAUUAGCUGAUCACUAACUAAACUACUAUCAUUAUUCUACUGUCUUCCAGAAUAUUUUGAACCAUUUAAUGGCUAUUCACACUUUGAUAUUUCAUUGCUUAUGUGCUAUAAUCCUGCUUUCGUUUUUUGUAUGACUUACCCCCUGAAUAAUUUCUUGGUAAUUUUCUGUAUUGAUGUUUCAAACUUUUUCAUUGAAUUUAUGAUGAAUUCUGUGUAAUUAUCAUUCUCUAAAUGUCAAUAAGUACUACUAACAUUGCAAUAUUUUUACACCGAAGUGCCUCAUAUUAAUCAUUAGUUAAUUAGAAAUUCAUCGUUUAUUUGUCAUGUCCAGUUUUUAAAACUAUAAAGUACAUAUAUAAGAUACUAAAUAAUGAGAAUUUAUGUAAUUACAGAGAAUAGAUUAACACACAGAUAUAAUAGCUUCUUCAGUAAACUCUUGUAAGAUAGAAUUUGGAGUAAGAAUUUAGCUCCUUGGAAAAUAUAUAAGUUUUAUCUGUAUUAAAUAGGAGUUUGAAAAAAAAUUAGUAGGCAUAGUUCUGUAAAAUGAAAUUUACAAACUUUUUAAGAACAAAUUGGUGGUUAAGCUCAAUUUUUUUCUGUUUUACAUACUUUACAAUGUGUAAUUGGUUUUGGUAAUAAAACAACUAAUAUUUU